AGUAAAAAAACACAGUUUGCUUAUUGACAUUUCUUUGAAAUAAUACAACAAGUACAAUUAUUCAUAAUGUGAACUAAACAUACCAUGUAUUAACAGAUUAAUAAAAUAUAUACAAAUAUAAUUUGAUACAUAAAAUGAGUAAUUGUACAUAAAAUAUAUUGUAAAAAAUAAUGGUAAACACACUUAGGUAUCACAAAUAAUAUCUACUACAUAAACACGAACAAAAACAACAAAAGUGUGUAAGAAACGAAAGCGUCUGGGAAGACUGCCGUAACGACGGUCGGGGUUUCCCAAACCCAGUUGUACAUUGAAGGACACAACUAAUGUUACAUUAAUAACAGGUAACUACGCCUGAACCGGACAUUAUUACUCUUUAGGCAGUCACAAUUGAUAUGAGACAUUGGUGUUCCAGGGUAUGGCCCCUCAAUUCUAAAGGUACCAAUAAGAAAACAGUCAGUACACCCACAUUGACAUAACCAACUGAACAGUAUAUACAGGCAAACCAUGUUAUAUACAGACUAAAUAUGGCUGUUGAAACAUACUUCUAAAGUGGUGCCAGUCUGUCUUACUAUCACAGAACGUGUAUAAUACUUUACAAAAAAAACCCUAUGGUGAAAAUCCCAAAAUCCUACUCUCGGACAGUGCUCUAAAAAACUAUAUACACGUAAAUACAUCCAAAGGUAGUAAAUGGUGUUACGUUGGGACAUUAACACUCUCUCUGAUACUAAGUCGAGCUCUUCCGCUCCGUGCUCGACGGUUGGCCCUCGAAGCUUAUAAUGCAACCGAUGCCCAAACAGCUCAUCGGCAACAUCGGCGGUGCCCACUUAAAAAAUUCGAAGUCGGUUUUGUUCCACCCCCAGCCGUGUGAAGCUCUCGAUUCUUUAACCAAAGUGAUGAGUUCGAGAUUCGCCGGGUGUGUCCACUUCACCAGUGUUGCCAACCCUGCAGCGUGUGACAUUAAGGUCAUAAUUCUCCUGUACACAGCCGAGAAACGGGCCCUAUUUGGGCUUCAUACCCAACGAUCAGGGGGCUUUCGUUGA